AGAAUAAGCAUUAGAAUCUGCGAUUGGAUCAUUUAGGGCACAUUUUGUAUGCAAAUAACAGCGAGGUAUAUCAAAGCGACUUUUUUACCCGGUAAUUCUACUUGGUUUUAACAAAGAAGAGACAGCAAAAUGGCAAAAUUUAUUCUCAUUGCAAUUUUUGCCUCUUUGGGGCUUUUGGUAUCAGGAAGGAGUUUAGAAUCAUAUGCUCCAGGAGAGGAGAACUUCGCUCUUGGAGUCGAUGCAAAUGGGCAUCCACUGAACGAGCCAUUUGAAGAUGAUGGUAGCAAAGGAGGAACCACUAAACUCGACCCAAUGGCUCAGUGCCUUUGGGAUUGGAUCAAAUGUUGGACAUCGAAUCCAAGGAAUUCAACCAGAUGUGGUUGGGUUUAUUCAGAGUGUGUGGAGAAGGUUAAAAAGCAACAAAGUUUUAGAGAUGCUAAAAAUGAGUGCUUGUGGGACUUACUGGUCUGCUGGAAUAAACGGGAGAUCAGCUCAAGCAAGUGCGGAUUCAUCUACUCAGACUGCAUCGAGCGCGCGAAGAAAGGCCUGCCAAGCACAGAUGCACCACCAACUGAUGUGCCACCACCACCACCCACAGACGAAUAAAGUUUAUGACUGGAAGAUACGAUGAGAUGAGCAGAACACACAAAGAUACAGCUGAAUCCAUGUUACCUGCAUUGUAGAAAUAAAUGGGAUGAAAACCUCA